AUGACUAUUUCACAGGCCACCGCAACAGUAGGAACGAAGAGUCGAAAACGACGAAAACGAUCAGCUAGCAGCAAAACGGACAAAAAAGAUAAGCCUGAAGCCGUCGCUCCAGUGGAAAAAAGGGAAGAAAAGCCUAAAAGAGAGAAGGAAGAGUUGAAAGAGGAUGGGGGAAAAUCGCUUCAACAGAAACGUCCCAUUAGCGAUUAUGACAACGUAAAGUACACCACGGAAGAGUUAGGAUAUGAACGCCUUGAUACGGCCCACGAAAAACAAAUACAAGAAGAAAUUAAGAAAGCAGAAAAGGAACCUAAAGGGGUGAUCGAGACGCUGUGUCAGCAGGACAUUAUCAUGCAUGAGGGAAAGGAACAAAAAGAGCAGGGUACAGUACAAAAAGAAGCUGGUCGUUGUGCGAGUGAUACAAAGCUCAAGCAGGAGAAGGACAGUUCGAAACGGAGGGAAGACCAUGCGAAGGAUGAGGAAAAGAAAAUGGAGAAGAAAUCUGAAAAAUCUGUCCAGGAAAAGAAAAGAGAAAAGAAGCUGGAAAAGACAGAAGAAGAAAAGAAGAAAGAAAAGAAGUUGGAAAAAACAGAGGAAGAGAAGAAAAAGGAGAAAAAAGUGGAGAAGUCAGAUAAAGAAAGUAAAAGGCCCCCUGCAACAAUGAAAGAUGAUGUGAGGAAGGAAGUUGAAAAAGACGACAUCAAGGAUAAGGGAGAAAAGAAAGUGGCAGGCUUGAAAGAAGAGGGCAAGAAAGACGGAGAGGACAAAGAGCAAGCUAAGAAAAGAAGCAAAGAGGAAGUGACGAAGAAAGUGGAUUCAAAGGAAACUACGAAGAAGGAAGAAAGGAAAAAAGAGGGAACCGAAAAAAUGGAGGUGAAAGUGAGAAAAGCAGAGUCGACGGAAAAGCUCAAGAGCAUUGUCGUGAAGAAAGAGAAACAGACUUCAGAGCUGGUCGGAAAGGACCAGGGAGAUAAAGUAAAAAUGACCAAGGAGAAAGAACAAGCUGGAUUAUUGGAGAAAGAGAAAGCUAUCAAAGAAAGUCAGCAAAAACCUCAAGAAGCCAAAGAUCCAGACGUAGAUAAAAAAGUGAAGGCUAGCCCGGUGAGGAGAGUCCCCUCCAGGGAUGCAGAGGUCAAAAAAAGCGACACAGUCGUUCGAACGAAAAAGAGUGCAACGGGCAGGUGA